AUGUCGAGCGACGGCGACGAUCUGGACGAGGACGAGCUGCUGCAGAUGGCGCUGAAGGAGCAGUCUCAGCGCGAUCUCAACUACCGAAAACCCUCGCAGGCCGCGCAGAAGCCUGUCCGAAACUACGUUCAGCCGCCGUCGAGCCGCGCGGCGGCGAGGAACACCGGACCGGCGGGGUUUUCGCAGCAGAAGAAGGGGGUCAACAAGCAGAGAAAGCCAUCGCUGGACGAGGACGAGGAUUCAGAGGUGGAGCUGCUGAGCAUUUCGUCCGGGGACGAGGAUGAUCGAGGCGGCAUGGUUCGGAAGAACCGUGUCGGGAGUGGGAGGGAGGAUGACAAAUGGGACGGGGAAGAGCCUAACUGCUGGAAGCACGUAGAUGAAGCUGAGCUGGCCCGGAGGGUCCGCGAGAUGAGGGAAACACGUGCAGUUCCUGUAGCUCAAAAGUUUGAGCGGAAACCAAAAGCACUGACCCAUUUACAGUCACUUCCUCGCGGCAUGGAAUGGGUUGAUCCUCUUGGACUUGGGCUAAUUAACCACAAAACGUUUAGGUUGAUCAGCGAUAAUAUAGCAAAUGCUCCAUCACCCUCUGUCGAUUUGGAACCUCUUGAUCCAAAUGCUCGGGAAAAAUUGAACUAUUACCUGGAGAAAUUCGAUGCUAAACUAUUUUUAUCGCGAGUCCACAUGGAUACUAGUGCUGAAGAAUUGGAAUCUGGUGCUCUGUCACUGAAGACUGAUCUCAAAGGACGCACCCAACAGAAAAAGCAGUUGGUGAAAGAAAACUUUGAUUGCUUUGUCUCUUGCAAGACCACUAUCGAUGAUAUUGAGUCAAAGUUGAAACGAAUUGAGGAUGACCCUGAAGGUGCUGGAACUAAGCACUUGUUUAACUGCAUCCAAGGAGUUAGUUCUCAUGCUAAUCGUGCUUUUGGUCCCCUAUUUGAGAGACAGGCCCAAGCAGAGAAGAUUAGGUCUGUCCAAGGAAUGCUUCAAAGGUUUCGAACACUGUUUAACUUGCCCAGUGCAAUCCGUGCUAACAUUAGCAAGGGUGAAUAUGAUUUGGCUGUAAGAGAGUACCGGAAAGCAAAGUCAAUUGUUCUUCCUUCUUAUGUAGGAAUUCUAAAACGUGUCCUUGAGGAAGUUGAAAAAGUAAUGCAAGAGUUCAAAAGCAUGCUUUACAAGGCCAUGGAAGAUCCAAAUAUUGAUCUAACCAAUCUUGAAAAUAAUGUGCGGCUUCUGCUGGAGCUUGAACCGGAGUCUGAUCCCAUAAAGCAUUACCUGAAUAUACAGAACCGCAAAGUGAGAAGUUUGCUUGAGAAAUGCACUUUAGACCAUGAAGCACGGAUUGAGAAUUUGAAGAAUGUGCAUCGUGAAAAAGCGUUGUCUGAUGCAAAAUGGAGGCAAAUUCAGCUAGAUAUAAACCAGUCUUCAGUUGUGGAUUACCCUCUCAGUGACAUAAGCUCCCAUCUACCUGGGCAUUUAUUCCCGGCGGAAGCGUCUAGUGAAGAACUCGAUGCUCUUCGGGGUAGAUACAUUGCACAGUUAACUGGUGUACUUGUCCAUCACGUACCAAUCUUUUGGAAAGUAGCGCUUUCAGUUUCCAGUGGGAAAUUUGCCAAGUCCUCUCAAGUGUCUGCUGAGCCAACCACAAAUAGUUCCUUGAACAGAGUGGAUGAUAGAGUGGGAGAUCUUGAUGAAGUUUCUGGCAUGAUAUGCAAUACUCUAUCAGCGUAUGAGUCCAAGGUCCUCAGCACAUUCCGUGAUCUUGAAGAAUCUAAUAUCCUUAGUCCAUACAUGAAUGAUGCUAUAAGGGAAAUCUCCAGAGCAAGUCAAGCUUUUGAAGUGAAAGAAUCAGCGCCUCCAGUUGCUGUCUCUGCUCUGAGGACACUUGAAUUGGAGGUCUCAAAAAUCUAUAUUGGCAGGCUUUGCUCAUGGAUGCGGACUUCAAUAGAAGAGACAUCAAAAGAUGAAACUUGGGUCCCUGUGUCCGUUUUAGAAAGAAAUAAGUCACCAUAUUCUAUCUCAUCAUUGCCUCUGGCAUUUCGUGCAAUAAUGAUCUCAGCAAUGGAUCAAAUUAACACGAUGCUUCGUUGUUUGCAAAGUGAAUCAGCAAAAUCGGAGGAUGUGUCUGCACAGCUUCAAGAAAUCCAAGAAUCAGUUAGGAUUUCGUUUUUUAAUUGCUAUCUGGAUUUUGCUGGUCAUUUGGAGCAUGUUGGCUCUGAGCUGAGUCAGAAUAGAUCAAACAUCGGAAGUUCACAUUUCCAAAAUGGAUAUGGUCAUGAGCCAAUGGAGAAAUCAGUAGACCCUCUUCCUGGAAGUAUUGUUGAUCACCAUCAACAGCUGCUAAUGGUUCUGAGUAAUAUCGGAUAUUGUAAAGAUGAACUUGCGUACGAGCUGUAUGGAAAGUACAAAUAUGUGUGGCUGUCAAGCGGAAAAGUUGAGGAUGAUGUUGACAUUCAAGAGCUGGUCAUGUCUUUCUCUGUUGUUGAAGAGAAAGUUAUUUCACGAUACACUGUUGCCAAGGCAAAUUUGAUUAGGUCAGCUGCCGUAAGUUACUUGUUGGAUGCCGGAGUCCAAUGGGGAGCAACACCUGCUGUUAAAGGCGUUAGAGAUGCAGCUGUUGACUUACUUCAUACUUUGGUAGCUGCACAUGCAGAGGUUUUUGCUGGCUGUAAGCCUCUGCUUGACAAAAUCCUUGGUAUUCUUGUUGAAGGCUUGAUUGACAUAUUCCUCGGCCUCUUUAACGAAAACAUAGACAAAGAUUUCAGGGCAUUGGAUGCCAAUGGCUACUCUCAGCUAAUGCUUGAGCUCGAAUAUUUUGAGACCAUAUUGAAUCCUUACUUCACUCAUGAUGCGAGGGACUCUCUCAAGUCACUGCAAGGGGUCCUAUUGGAGAAGGCCAUUGAAACUGUGACGGAGACCGUAGAGACACCAAGUCAUCAGCGGCGGCCUACACGAGGAAGUGAUGACGUGCUCGAGGACAGGCUGUCAUCUGCAUCUCCCGAUGACCUCAUUGCUCUUGCCCAGCAAUACAGUUCAGAGCUACUUCAGGCGGAGCUCGAGAGGACGAGGAUCAACACGGCAUGCUUUGUGGAGGCAUUGCCGCUCGACUCAGUUCCAGAGUCGGCCAAAGCAGCUUACGCUUCUUUCCGAGUGGAUUCUCCAAGUCGAGCCUACAGAGGCACUCACUCAGUUGGUUCACCCAGUUUCUCCAGGCAUAGGCGCAGAUGA